AAGAUGGUCAGUCCACCACUGGAGAAAAAUAACGAAGAUGACGGAAAAACAGUUUCCGAAGAAGACACCGAGUCUGUAAAUUUUGAUUUUCGACCUGUUGCGUUUUACAUCCCAGUUAAUGAUCAAUUUGACAAUGGAAACAAGUAUAAAAAAAAGAAGAGGAAGAAGUCAAAAUCCAAGGUACGAGAAAAUUCGGAAAAGACCCGGGAUGAGCCUACGUUUAAGCUAAAUCAUGAUGAAAAGAUGCUACAAGCAGACAUUUUACAUCAGGAUCAGUUGAAUGAAAAAGGAGAGAUGAGUAGGAAACAUCAAGAGAAAUACGAAAAGGCUAAAACUAAACGAGAAAUGAUAAUUGAAAAUCUACGGAAAAAAACUGAGGAUAAAAUUAUUCGAGCUGAAGAAAAGAGGAAAAGGAGACUUGCCAAGCAGAAAGAAAAAUUAAAAGCCGCCGAGGAACGCCUAGAAAAAGUGAGGUGUCGUAAAGAAACAAUGGAUCAAAAUUUCCGUGAAAAGACUGCAUCUAAAAUCGUCGAAGACGAAGAGAGACUCCAAAAAAUGAAACAGAAUGACGUGCCACUGCGCGCCAUAUUUCGACGAGAAGAGAUUUUGCGAUACAGACAGAAGUUGUAUGAAGAUCGCCAACUAUCCAAAGAACGCACAGAUAAUAAAAACGAAUAAUUUCUGUAGUGUGUAUAAGUCAUGUCCUGGUGCCAAAAUAUGUCAUUCUCAGCAGAUGUCGACUAAUGUCAGACAGUUUUAUGCAACGUUAUGAAAAUAAAUGUGAUAAUAUAUCUUUGUUAAUCAGAAAUCAUAUUGUUUAUAAUUUGUAUAUUUCUUGAAUGACUAUAAAUCUAUUUUGGUCUCAACGGAAGUAAAAAUUGAAUUUGAUUUGAAAUUAAAGUUCAAAGAUUUACAUUUAAUAUAACAUUUUCAGUAACAAAUUGCUUUGUAAUUGUCAAUGAAGUAUCAAUUUUUUUUUUAUUGUAAACUUUUUACCUGGCAUAUACCUCUAGU